AUGAUCAGCCGCAACUUCAAGAACGUGUUUGUGGUUUCUCUCGGCUUCCUGUCGCUCUUCACAGCGUAUGGAGGUCUGCAGAGCCUGCAGAGCAGCCUGAACGCGGAGGAGGGGAUGGGCGUGACGUCGCUGAGCGUCAUCUACGCCUCCAUCAUCAUCUCCUCCAUGUUUCUGCCACCCAUCAUGAUCAAGAACCUGGGCUGUAAGUGGACCAUCGUGGCCGGCAUGGCGUGCUACGUGUCCUACUCCUUUGGGAACCUCUACCCGGGCUGGUACACCCUCAUCCCCACCUCCAUCAUCCUGGGCUUGGGGGGCUCGCCUCUCUGGUCGGCCAAGUGCACCUACCUGACCAUCUCCGGCAACGUGCAGGCAGCCAAGGAGGGCAAGAAGGGCUCGGACGUCAUCAACCAGUACUUUGGCAUCUUCUUCUUCAUCUUCCAGUCCUCGGCCGUGUGGGGGAACCUCAUGUCCUCGCUCAUCUUUGGCCAGGACACCAACAUAGCUGACAUCUCGGACGAGCAGCUGCGGUCCUGCGGGGCGGCCGACUGCGGCCUGAACAUCACGUCCAACAGCACCACCAGCAGGCCUGCCCAGAAACUGGUGUGGACCCUCGUCGGCUGCUACAUCGGCGUGGGCGUGCUGGCCAUGCUGAUCGUGGCCAUCUUCCUGGACAACAUCGACCGGGAACAGACCAGCCAGUUCCGUGGCAACCGGGAGCCAUUCUGGCACACCUUCCUGGCCACGUUCCGCCUGCUGAAGGACUGGAGGCUGCUGACGCUCAUCCCGCUCACCAUGUACAGCGGCUUCGAGCAGAGCUUUCUCGCUGGCGAGUACACUAAGAACUACGUGACGUGCGCGCUGGGCAUCCACUACGUGGGCUUUGUGAUGAUGUGUUUCGGAGCGUCCAAUUCCCUUUGCUCCUUCCUCUUCGGGAGACUCGCUCGCUACACCGGGAGGGCGGCGCUCUUCCUUCUGGCUGCCGUGGCCAACUUCUCCUGCAUCAUGGCCCUCUUGUACUGGAGGCCCCACCCGGACCAGCUGGGGGUCUUCUUUGUGUUUCCUGCUCUGUGGGGGAUGGCUGACGCUAUCUGGCAGACGCAGACCAACGCUCUGUACGGCAUCCUCUUCCCCCGCGACAAGGAGGCGGCCUUCGCCAACUACCGCAUGUGGGAGUCGCUGGGCUUCGUCAUCGCCUUCGCCUACAGCACCUUCCUGUGCCUGGAGUACAAGCUCUACAUCCUGCUGUCCGUCCUGCUGCUCACCGCCGUCACCUACCCCGUGGUGGAGUACUACGAGCACAAGCGGCCCACGCCGCCCGUGGAGGAGAGCGCCUACGAGAGCCACAAGGAGAAGGUCGCAAUGGACGGGAAAAACAUUUGCUGCCAGACAAAACUCUAA